AUGUCGGAUUACCCAGGAUCGAAUAGUGAAGACUUAUCACUACCUAAAGCAACAGUUCAAAAAAUAAUCGCUGAAAUCUUGCCCAAGGACAUCGCCAUAUCAAAAGAAGCAAGGGAAGCAAUAACGGAAUGCAGUAUUGAAUUUAUAAUGAUGCUAUCUACACAACUGAAUGAUAUUGCUGAAAAGGAGGCCAAAAAGACGAUUGCGUCUGAUCAUGUUGUCAAAGCAUUAGAGGAAUUGGAUUUUAAAAACUACUUGGAAAUUAUAAACAAGAUUCUCAGUGAACAAAAGGAAUUGUUAAAGGGUAAAGAGAAAAGGAAUAACAAGUUUCAGAGCUCGGGAUUGAGUGAGGAGGAAUUGUUGAGGCAGCAAGAAGAAUUGUUUAAAAAGUCAAGAGACCGUUUACAAAGUCAGUCUGGUUCACCUCCACACGAAGUCAAACAGGAAGAAAGUGCAUAA